AGCAUAAUUAGGAAAUGGGAGACAAAUCACUUGCAAACUGGAUCUCUAAUGGGUUAGGUGUUUAGAAAUGUCUAAACAUGCACACUGAAAGUUUUCUCUGGCCUUUAAAUAAUGCAGAUGUUGAUAAUUCUCUGAGCAACUUAAGCAAGAAUGCUUUUAUGACAGUUUUUGUCUUUAGUAAGUGAACAUUCCACUGGGCUUCGAAAUAUACAAUAGUUGUGUACCUCUGUGAUUUCUGGGAUUGGCAAGCAAAGGAUGUCUUCAUCAAGAGCCAGGCUUCCUCUGCUCCUGUAUGGGAUCCUUCUGUGCAGCUCCUUUGUUCCAGUCAUCAACAGCACAAGACAAACCAUACAGAGUAUUGGAUCAUUGGUUCAAGCUGGCAGCAACACCUGGGACAAGAGGGAAGUGCUACCAAGAGACGGAGAAUACCUGCUGGGGAUAAAGAGACUAAGAAGACUUUACUGUAACGUGGGCAUCGGCUUCCAUAUUCAGGUCUUACCAAAUGGGAAGAUCACAGGUGUACAUAAUGAAAACAGAUACAGCCUUCUAGAAAUUUCUCCUGUGGAGAGAGGAGUGGUGACUCUGUAUGGGGUGAGAAGUGGUCUCUUCAUUGCCAUGAGUGAGAAAGGGAAACUCUAUGGUUCGGGUCACUACAACGAUGAAUGCAAGUUCAAGGAAAAUCUCCUGGCCAACAACUACAAUGCCUAUGAGUCAGCCACCUACCCUGGCAUGUACAUUGGCCUCAGCAAGAUCGGAAAAACCAAAAGAGGCAACCGGGUCACACCCAUCAUGACCAUGACACAUUUCCUCCCCAGGACAUGAAUUUUAGGUCGAACCUCUAAAUAGCGCAAAAGAAAGUUACAAGAGCAAAGUGGUGUCUUUCUACAACUAACACAGCAGACCAUAUUUGAGGACUGCUGCAAUCUAAAUUGCUUUUGCCCAUUACAAACUAUAACGUUAGCAAUUUUUGCAUAAACCUUUUGAAUGCAUUAAUGGACAAAUGCACAAAAUA